AUGAUCAGGGGUGCUUGGAUGUUUCGAAGGGAAGAUGACGCCGUGUUAAAAAUCUGUUGUGCACCCAAACAAAACGACAAACCCUGUGCCGAUUCCGAGAGGGUACAGAAAUGGCGAAUGUCUUUGGCAUCCCUAUUAUUUUUCACUGUCCUUCUCUCUGAUCACCUCUGGCUGUGUGCUGGAGUUAAACUGAGGUCCAAGGAUAGGAGCAACCGCAAAAUCUGGAGUAACGCGACUGACGGGGUCCACCCGGCUCUAAAUGAGGAGAAAUUUGGUAUUUUUCUAAGCAAUUUCACCAAAUCCGCUGCUCCAAGUCCUCAUUGCACUGAUUCUCAUAGCCACCACACUCACCUGGAGUCAGCCUGCACCACGUUGUAUCAGCAAAAAAAUGGCUUUGGGUCCUCUUUCUCAACUCCAUCAACGUUCUCGUCACAGAUGUUACUUGAUUAUUUUAGGAAUUUCAGCCUUUCUUUUUGUGAUUCUUACACCAUCUCCGACUUACUGUUGGGGAUGUCAAGCCCAGACAGUUUGAAUUGCAGUCUUCAGAACAUGGUUUUGGAUUUGUUUAGAGGCGGUGGGGAUGACGAGGAUGUCUGCAGCAUCUGUAUCCAGGCGUACAUGCGGCUGGACCAACACGCUCAGGAAAAAUAUGAAGAGUUUGACUUCUUCUUUCUCAAGUAUUUAUCGGAGGAUUAUUCCGUCCGAUCCCACACAGAAGACUGUAAGUCAGUCUACAAAGCCUGGUUAUGCUCAGAAUACUUCAACGCCACCCAGAGCCAGUGUCAACACAGGAUUCCCUGCAAGCAAUAUUGUCUGGAGGUCCAGACCAUGUGCCCCUUUGUGUUACCAGACAAUGACGACUUGGUCUACGGAGGACUAUCCAGUUUCAUCUGUACAGGGCUACUAGAAAACCAUUUAACCAAUGCAGACCCAGAGUGUUGUGAUGUCAGAUGGAGUGGCUGCGACCCCUCUGUGGGGGCGGCGUGCGCCCUGACACAGCUUCCAGGGUCGUCGUCGUGGCAGCGGCGCAGCUCCCCGCCCGUGUCAGCUGCAUCGCGGCUGUGCAGCAGCAGACUAAGACUGUGUGUUCUGGUCCUCAUCCUGCUGCACACUGUCGUCUCCUUCUCCACUGUCCAGAGCAGUGGCGCUGUGGGCCUGGAGGCCAUGGUACCCCUGCCAUUGGAGGAGAGCUCUGCCCGAGAGGAGUGACUGAUUAUGAACAAGAGUUUCUACUGUUCCCUGCCUCCAGUCUACAGAGACCCCUUCCUUCACAGUACCUGAGGAGUGAGGCGUUUAUAACCCUCUCUCUCCAUCCAGUCCCCUCCACAGGACAUCAGGAAUGAGGAGGUUAUACACCGCUCCAGGGCAGGCUACAGGUCGGUAUACCUCCUCACCCUCCACCACACUGGAGGAGUGGCGAAGCACGGGCCCUCCCCUACCUCGACACAGAGAGGUAUGGAGGUGGAUGAGGUUUCGAAACUGAGAACCAGACAUGUCUCACAUGUAAGGAGGACAUGAAAGGGCAUAGGGAAAGAGAGGCGGGUCUCCUAUCAUGCCAGGGCCCAGAGGAAGCGUCGAUUUUAUAACUGAAAGAGGUACUGUAUGCUGUUUAUGAGAAGGGUUUGGGUACAAAUGGCCUUUUUCAAGUUUUAUCACUACUCUAUUUAAUGAGUUGAGUGAUGUUUUUGGGGAUUUACGUAUGAGGUUGGGUGUUGAGUUUGUGAACUGCACAGUGGGGAAAAGUAUGAGUUGCAGGCUCGUAUGCUAUUUUUUUUAUCUGUGUGUGUGUGUGUGUGUGUGUGCG